AUGCACCUCCUCGCCACCCUCCUCGUAACAGCCCUAUCCAGCACGCUCGUUCUAUCCGACACCCUGAAGCCCCGAAACUGGGACCUCCAUCUCCUCACCCCGGGCUGUUCCCCCAAUUCCUCCAACUUCGACAUCUCAAUCUACCACCGCUCCGGGGUCGCCGCGCGCUCGUGCAUCUCGCUCGCCGAGGACGCGAAUCCCAACACGACGGCCGUGGCGACUAUUUCGUGGAAGAGUCCGAUCGCGAAACCGUAUGCGCUGUGCACGUUCAGGGAUGGCGAGUGUAGCGCUGAUGCAUUUGUUGAGGCCGUGAGGGGGGAUUGGGAGGUUUGUUAUCCGUACAAGGGGUGGGUGGGGUGGAAGGUUGUGGGGUUUGGGGAGGAUUGUAUCUAG